UUGACAUGCUUAGCCCCCUCUUCCAACCCUCUCCCGUUGUUUCCGCAGCGUCCUCGCAGCGUCCUCGCGUCCCCACCGCCCGGCUCCCUCGCGAGCGCCCCGUCCGGACCAUGGGCACGGCGGAUGGCGCGAACCCGGUGGAGGUCGCGAAGCCGGUGGAGGCGGCGCUUGGAGCGAGCGGCUUUGGUGAGGUGCAGCUGCGCGCCAUGGAGCGUGUGGGAUCUUUGCCCGUGAAGGGCCGCUAUGUCAAGGGUCGGAACUUGCAGGACGACUUCCGGCUCACUGGGAAGGUCCUGGGCACUGGCUGCAGCGGGGCGGUCUUGGCUGCGGUGGAUCGUGCCGUGACGAGCCACCGGACGAGCGGCGCAGGCGCAGGCGAAAAGGGCCGUCCGGGCGACCAGGGGCGACGAGCUGGGAUGGUGGCCGUGAAGAGCUACGAUCUCGAACUCCUGGACGACUCUCAGAGGCAUCGGCUGGAAGCAGAGCUGGAAGUCUUUCUGACGUUGGACCAUCCACACAUUGCUCGGCUCCACUAUGUCUAUGAGAGCGAAAAGGUCCUGAGCUUGGUCAUGGAAUGCAUGGAAGGUGGUGAGCUGUACGAUCGCGUGACGCUCGCGGGGCAGACGGGACGUCAAGCGGCGCUGGCCACGUGGCACAUGCUGCAGGCGAUUUCAUAUAUCCAUUUCUCUGGGGUGGUGCAUCGUGACUUGAAGCUCGAGAACUUUUUGUACGAUUUUCGGGACAGUGACUUUCUGAAGCUGAUCGACUUUGGCUUUAGCAAGUUCUUCUGCAUGAAGAAGCACAUGAAGGAAGCGCUCGGCACGGUGAACUACGUGGCACCUGAGGUCUUGAAGAAGAGAUAUUCCGGUGGCUCCUGCGAUAUGUGGAGUUUAGGAGUGAUCGUCUUCGUCUUGCUGACCGGUGAUAUGCCAUUUCUAGGCAGGACAGAUGUGGAAGUGGCCACAGCGAUCAUGAAGGGCAACUACGCUUGGAAAAGCCUGCGCUUCAAGGUCGCCAAGGAGGCCAGGGACUUUGUGGAUCAUCUCUUGGUGCUGGACCCUUCCAAGCGCUUGACCGCGGAAGAGGCCCUGUGCCAUCCCUGGAUCUUGUCGGCGAAGAACUUGGCGGAGAAGGUGUGCGGUACUUCGGUGGUCACCGGCUUCCGCAACAUCGCCCGCGCCACGCGCUUUCAGAGGGCCUGCUUGAAAGCGAUGGCCUGGUCUCUGAGUCUCUCCGAGCGAAGGAGACUGCGAGGAGUCUUCAUUGACCUCAGCGCUGGAAAGGAUGGCAAGGAUGGCCGAGGCGUCAUUGAGAAGAGCCAGUUGGAGGCGUACUUGAGCGCCCGGAUUCCCAAAGAGCACGAGGAGGACUUGACGCUGAUCUCCAACAUCUUGCCAGAGGAGAUUCACUACACCGAGUUCUUAGCCGCCAUGAUGGCCUGCGAGCUGGACGAUCACGAGGACAUCGUGCGGUGUGCCUUUCGUCACUUCGACAAAGAGGGCUCCGGGUACGUGACUCCCGAAGUCUUGAGUGAGGUGCUCGGGAAGGACAUGGAUGUCUCGGAGAUCUUCAAAGAGGCAGACUUGGACAAGGACGGGCAGAUCUCGAUUGAUGACUUCGUCGAAUAUCUGGGGCAGAUCACGGAUCUGCCUCCGGUGGACACUGUGCCUAGUACCGCCACGAACGAGCCCCAAAAGCUCUCGAAAGCCGAGCAGUUCCGUCAAGCCAUGAAAUCCUGGCUGCGGAUGCCGCGAGCGCUUCGCGAUCGACAUUGAAGAUGCCAUGCUUAGGGUUUUGCCAGCUAAUGUGCUGCGGUGGGUGCAAACGGGGCAAUCUCAAACCCCC